AUGGCGCUCGUCGACAAACUGCCGAAAAGGCGGCUUUUGAUAGUUGUUCUUUGCGUGGUCUUCUUUUUGACGAUCGCCUCCCUUUUAAGCACGGUGUAUCCAUCGACGAGCAAGUAUGACGACUUAUUAUCGGUCGCGCCAGCCAGCAAUGAACCAGCACCGGCUAGUGAUGAAGCAGUGGAAGAGGCAGAAAAAGUCGAUAUCAAUACCGAGCCUACCAAGGCAGAUGAAUGGAUUCCCAAAAAUUUUGAUCCGCCAUCCAAGGAAAUGUUGGACGCCAUCAAUCGUAAUGUGAAAGUCAGCAAACGGGAUCGCGUUCUGUUAACGGCAGUGGUCAACUCGGGUAUGGCGGAUUAUACACUCAACUGGAUCGAAUCGUUAAAACGGACCAAACUCGAUGAUAAAUUUUUGGUGUUUGCUAUUGAUGACGGGCUGGUGGAUAUUAUGACGAAACAUGGUUACAAAGAUCACGUCGUUGCUAUCCCUCCCGAUUGGUUCCAUAAAGAAGUCUCGGAAGAGUUCCAGGGAUGGCUCGAAGGCACUUAUACACCGAUCACGCAUUCAAAAUCGUUAGUGGUGGAACGUCUUUUGUACUGGGAUGUGACGGUCUGGUUUUCGGAUGUGGAUAUUGUUCUGACUUCGCCGGCUAUCUAUGACUACCUCAUUACCAAAUUGGAUGCUCGCAGUGUGGGUAAGAAGAGUCAGCGACGAUAUAUCACCGAGGCUUUGUUUACGCAAGAAGUGGAAGAAAAGUUGAUCAACAGUGGAUUUUACAUCAUGCGACCGACCGAUACCAACAAACGGCUGUUGGCCGAUUCCAUCACUAUUUCGGACAAUGAACCCAACGUCACUCAGCAACAAGCGAUGAAUCGGUUACUGGAUGAUCUUGAUUUGGGAUUCCGAACUAGUGCAAUUGCGUUGCUGGAUUUGGCUCUCUUCCCUCACGGACGAUUGUUCUUUGAACAACACGUACCUACAAAGUACGGUCUCGAGCCAAUGAUGGUUCAUGCAAACUGGCGCCGAGGUGAUGAUAAAAGAAAGGCGCUUCAAGCCGCCAAUCUGUGUUUUGACGGCAUUUGUCAGACGGUGGCACUGAGCUUAUGUCCUCUUAUUGGAAAAUAUGACGGCAUUGAGCCCGUCUGUUACUCCCGCAACGUCGAUUUGGCCGGCAAUCUCAUCUUCCAACCUGCCACAUUGAUCAUUGAUAUCGUUGCUAUCAUUAUGACGGCUAUCAUGAUUUACCAUAUUCGAUCUAAAUACACAGCAGUUGGUCGAAAGGAAAUUGUCAUGUUUUUUUAUUUAUACAUGGUCACUGUCUUUCUCGAAAUGCUGUUGAUUACCGGUAUCAUUCCCACCUCAUCUCCUGUAUAUCCAUGGUUUACGGCGGUGCACAUUGGUUUGAUUAGUGCCACGUUUUGGUGUCUUCUCCUGAACGGCUUUGUUGGUUUCCAGUUUGCGGAAGACGGUACCCCGUUGUCUCUUUGGUCUAUUCGUAUCAGUUCUUUUGUAUUAUUUAUUCUCGUGGGCUUUAUUGCGAUUGCCACAUUUCAACAGAUCGGGCCUUUCUCGUACAGCAGCCCGGGAGCAUUAUGGGUGUUUUAUUUCAUCAUCAACGGCAUUGCUUUCAUUAUUUACGUUAUUUCGCAAAUCAUCCUCGUGGUGAAUACGCUCGACGACCGUUGGCCUUUGGGUGAUAUUCUUUUCGGUACCGCCUUUUUCAUUAUUGGACAGGUGUUGAUGUACGUUUUCUCGGUGGUGAUUUGCGAUCAAGUUAAACACUACGUAGACGGCAUGUUCUUUGGCACCAUCUGUACGUUAUUGGCGGUGAUGAUGGUGUACAAGUACUGGGAUUCGAUUACCAAGGAAGAUCUUGAAUUCUCGGUCGGUUCGAAACAGAACGUGUGGGAAGUCAAGGAACUGUUGGGCGAAGAUGAACUUGGUCAGAACUACAGUGCACCGUACAGUGGACAGACCAUGCCUCAUCAGCCACAAUACGGUCAGCAAUAUCAACAAUAUGAACAUCCUUACUAG